AUGUCCUCUGGCGGCCUCCGGAUAUCGCAGCAGAACUACUUCAGCACGCAUAACGCUCUCCGCGAUGUGUCGCCGGAAGAUAAGGGCACGCGCUGCGUGCUGCACGAGCUCCACGGCGACCGGCAUGGCGCGAUCAGGCUCUACCCCUUCUACGACGUUCAGAUGGUCAAGCGGCUGCUCAUCAAGAAGCUGCACCUGCCCUCGGGCACCGGAGUCAACGACCUCCGGAUCCUCUACAAGGGCGUGGAGCUGCCGAACUACCGCACCAUGGAGACGUACAUGGGCAAGGGCGAGAACGACCAUCGGCUCUUCUGGUCCAUGCGCGAGACCAACCCGAGUGCGGGCAUCCGGCGUGCGGGCAUCAAGACCACGAGCCACAUGCAGAGCAUCAUCAACGAAAUCGCGCUGUCGCUCAAGAACAACAUCAAGCCGAAGCUGACGAUGGACGGCACAGGAGGCACAUACAUGAUGUACAACAAGCAGCGCGUGUGCUGUGCGGUGUUCAAGCCCAUCGACGAGGAGGCGUUCGCGCCGUGCAACCCGCGCGGGUACGAGGGGAAGCUCAACCAGCAGGGGUUUCGGUCGGGCGUGCUGUCCGGCGAGGGCGCGAGCCGUGAGGUGGCUGCGUACCUGCUGGACUCGGCGUACGGCGGCGCGUGCGGCGUGCCCGACACCACCAUGGUGGAAGCGAGCCACCCGGCGUUCCACAACUCCUGCGAUGCGAAGUUCAUCAAGGACGUGGGAUCCGGCUUGAAGUGGAAAACGGGGUCGCUGCAGGAGUUCAUCGACUGCAAGGAGUCCAGCGGGAACUACAACCCCAGUCUGUUCCCGGUGACUGACGUGCACCGCAUCGGCAUUCUGGACCUGCGCGUGGUGAACCUCGACCGCAACGACGGCAACAUUUUGGUGAUGGACUUGCGUCAGCGCAGCCACGACGGGCAGACGCUGCCCCCUGGUGUGCCGCGCUACAAGCUGAUCCCGAUCGACCACGGCCUCAUCUUGCCCGACGUGGUGGACGUGGCCGACAUGGACCUGGUGUGGUUCGACUGGCCGCAAACGGAGAUACCGUUCGGUAAGAACGAGCUCAAGCUGAUCUUCGCGUACGACCCCGACAAGGACGCCGAGCGGCUGCGGAGGCGGCUGCUCAUUCGACCGGAGUGCCUGCGUACGAUGCGUGUGUCGGUGCGUCUGCUGCAGAUCGGCGCGCUGAUGCACCUGAACCUCAAGCAAAUCGCAAGGAUAGUCUGCAGGAGCGACAUGGACACGCCGUCGGACCUGGAGACCAUGAUAAAGAAGGCGGUGGAGCAGGCGUACAAGGCGACGGAGGCCACUUCAGUCAUCAGCACUCGGCGGCUGGGUGCGGCGAUGGACCUCUUCAGCCACUCGGUGCGCUUCGAGGCGUGCGUGGAGGAUAACGACACGGGCGUCGAACGGGCUGAGGAAAGCCAAUUCGCCGACGACAGCACGAGCUCCGAAUCCUCGUUGUCGUUUUCCGACGAGUCGUUCGCGACUCCGCAGGACGAACUGUCGAGCUCGUCCAACCCGGUGCACCCCGCCACGCACGAGCUCAAGUACCGCGACAUCGUGCGGACCACCUACCGCCGGCGGCGGCACGUGGAGGAGGAGCGCUCGAUCUGGGCGCUCGAGGACGCCAAGGGCAGGCCCAUACACUUCGACUGGGACGAGCAGUUCGACCGGACGUUCUACUCGCUGGUGGUGCGGAUGUUCACCUGCUACAUCCAGCAGCACCACCCCGGGUGGACCUCGUACCCCUACAACGGCGACGGCGACGAACGGUUCACCUGGGCCGCGCGGAACAACUUCACGCCGCCGCACGCGGACCGGUGGCUGCAAAGCAGCAGGCCGCAAAGAGGCUGA